AUGAGUUCCGAUUCACUCCUAGCUGCUACAGAUGAAGCUUACAGGACAUUGGACCAUAUACUAACAUCUACCAUCCUUUGCAUUGCCGUAUCUGGUGGUGACUCAAAGUCUGAGAGCCUUAGAUGGUGGGACGAAGCCACUAGAGGUGCUAUUGAUUUAGGCCUGGGCCGUGAGGAUGAACCUUGUCGGGCUUCAGAGUCUUUCUGCUCAGCUCCAUUUUGCCCGUGUAAAUACAGAUACUCACACGAAGACCUGCCAUUGGCAUUUUUAGAGGUUAAAGAAGAGAGACGCAGGGUGUUUUGGCUUCUAUACUGCCUUGACCGUCACCUUUCUCUGUCUCACAACAGGCCUCUUCGUAUCCUCGACUCAUCAUGCCAAGUAUACGUACCUCUAGAUGAUGAAAUUUGGGAACGACUUGAUGAGUUUCCAAGUUGUGCCAUAUCUGGAAGGACAACACAACUUCCUACCACUAUUACCGGGGCUACGUUCUUUACCUUCUUUUUACCUCUUAUGGUCAUCCUUGGAAAUAUCAUACACGAUCACCAUACAAAGCAACAUCCAUAUCUGGGCAUAACAUACGGCAGCCAAGGCAUCGCAAUAAUUGAAGAUAUGAUAACAACUUGCGAGACGAGUGUGCUUGAGCUUGCAACAGAAGUCGAAGUUCACGAAGUGAGCUUGCGGCCUUGGAACCUCGCCAGCCACAAGUUACGACUUGUCAUAGCGUAUAGCAAGCACAUUCUUCACGUUUUCCACGUACUUCUUCAUGGGAAGUGGGACGCACUCAGUAUGCUUGAUGACGAAGAUGGAUGGAUCAGCACGCUUGCGUUCUCAAAAUGUGCUUCACACGCUGUUGCUGCGUCCGACGCAGUGAUGAAAAUACUAGAAUUGGACCCCGAACUUACGUUUAUACCGUACCUUUUCGGAAUCUACCUCCUGCAGGGAAGCUUUAUCUUACUAUUGUUUGCGGACAGAAUGCCUCAGCUGGGUACCAAUGAGAGCGUUGAGCAGGCCUGCGAGGUUAUAAUACGUGCUCACGAAGUGUCUAUCGUAACACUGAGCACUGAGUUUCAGCGCAAUUUUCGAAGGGUGUUGCGUUCAACGCUAUACAGUGUCCGAGGGAUCAGUUUCGAAGAGUGGGAGGAGCGCAAGAUUGCGCGCCGCAGUAUCCUAUCUUUAUACCGCUGGACAAAUGGCGCAAGGGGUUUGUGCAUAUAA